AUGAGAGAGAGUAGCCAUAGACCUCUCAUAUUUGGAACCCCUUUCCUGUCUACUGUGGGUGCCAUAUUUGAUUUCCCCAAUCAAAGAAUCUCUUUCAACAAGGUGAACAAGGGUAUGUUCUUCCCUAUGUGUUCAACAAAGAACUCUUUUGUUGACAUGGUCCAAGAGGAGAAAGCUACUUUGAAGCCACCCCAAGAAGGAGAAACUGAAGAAACAAUCAAGGAAGAUCCCAUUCCUAAGCCCAAGCAGCUUGCCAAACAAGCAAGGAGUAAGACUAAGGCCCCUACACCAAAACCGCCCAAGGGAUCAACCAAGAUUGAAGAUGAGGCCAAGCCAAGAAGGAAGGUUAGAAAGCCUAGGUCUGGCCGCAACAUGAAGCUUCUAUUCCCAAAGGAGCUUAUUGAUGAGAAUCUAGAAGGAUUCAAGGAGAAAGUGACAAGAACUCUAAAGCUUUUUCCUAAGGCAGUAGUGCCAAGGGACAUUCAUGGAGAGAUUGUCUAUCCAGCUGUGAAUCACCCACCAGAUACUCAUUGCAAGGAGAAAAGACUUGGAGGAUCAAAGAUGCCUCUUGAUAGAAGGAGAAAAAGGUGUGAAAACACAAUCCGCGCCAAAACAUUGGCCGCGGACGCGCAAAGAAUUUUGGCCGAGCAAUUCUCAAUCUGGCCGACCGUACGGUCGAGCCGGGAAGGAAUAGCCGUGCUCGGCCGGAUUUCACUUGCGCGACAGAAAACGUUCGCGCCACGCACGAACCGGGAAAGAAGGCCGCGAUCGGCCGAAAUUUUGUAUCGGAACGGACCGACCGUGCCGGUCGAUCCGGGAAACAACGCUCGGCCUCGGCCGAAAUUCUCUCGCCAAACAAUUUGGCCGACCAAAUCGCUCGACCGCGACAAAAUCCAUCGGCCAUCGGCCCAAAACUUUUCUAGGCCAAGGUACACAAUGGCAAAGACAAAAGGAAAUGAGAGUAUGAAGAAGAAGAAGAACCCAUUCAUGGAACCACCAAAGAAGCAAAUCAAGCUAGGGAGUAGUAGCUCCAAUGCAAGAGCAGCAAUACCAACUUCACCACAUUCCAUUGAUGCAAGUCAAGAACAUGUGGAGAGUCCAAGAAGAGGAGAAGAUGAUUGGGCACUUGUAACCUUUGUUGGAGAACAAAAUCAAGACCCAAGAAAGUGUAAGAAGGCAAUGGAGAAGGUGAACAUCGAGCCAUGUGUGAAGAUGGACACCCAAACCCUUGAUCUUCUCAAGAUAAGAGAUGAUGUCACAUGGUACAUAAGGAAGCUAGGCUUGAGCAAGCUCUUCAAGCUAGAAUGUAGUGAGUACUCACAACUCACCAAGGAGUUCCUCUCUACAGUAGCUCUUGCCUUUCCCAACCACAAUGGAGACCAACCAGCUGGUGAUGGACUCCUACUCUUCAAGAUAGGCGAUGCCAAUGGGCGCAUAUCCAUCUCAGCUCUAUGCCAACUCUUUGGACUUCCCAAUGAGACAGCACAUGACUUCAAGGAGAACUCAAAGAGGAAACAAGCUGCCUUUGCUGAUUGGACACACUUUGCCAAUGAACCAUUCUUGCCUUCAAGGUCAAAGGUGUCUAGAAUCACUCAUCCAGCCAUUCGCUAUGUGCACCGCCUCAUCUCCACCACUUUCCAAUGCAAACAAGAAGCCAACAAGGUCACAACUGAUGAGUUCUACAUCCUCACCACACCAUUCAUCAAGCAUGAGUACAAGGCCAACCUUGGACUUUUACUUGCCAAGACAUUCAUCAAUGUGAGGAAGCUAGCUAAAGACUUGGAAGGCAACAAGAAGCUUUGUGUUCGUUUUGGGAGGCUUAUCACGGCCAUAGUACUGCAUGUGGGGAUUGACAUUCCCAACUAUGAGCCACUACCCAAGCCAACCCCUUUGGAUCUCCAUGCUCUUCAGCACAUCCACUUCCUAAACCGUUGGACUAAAGACCCAACUCGGUUUUGCUAUGAGUUUCCAAUUGGUCCAGCCAACACUUCCCUUGUCUUGCUGCCACAUGAGACAUCCCAAGCCUACGCUCAGGAGUUGUCACUUUCCAGCCCAAUGAGGAAGAGUUCUAUGUUCCAUCAAGUGAGAAACCAUCAUUCCCCAUGCUCACCUAUCGCACACUUCAGCAUGCAGUCAAGACUCAACGCCGCAUCCAAGAACGCCAUGUUCUCACUACUGGCAUGGGCGCACAAGCUCUAG